CAACUUUGGAUUUCAACAGAGGGAUUUUUUUGGAGAAUAUAAACAGACAGACAAGAGGGGUUCGAUGAACAAUCUUUGUAGUCUGAAUUCAACCGAAUCCCUACCCCGACUGCUACCUCUACUGAAUCUCUCCGAUUGAUUGCUCUGUUUCUCUUUGUAUAUAUACGUGCUUUGCUACAUACUAAUAACGAGAUAAUAGUACAUAUUUUUGUUUAUAAAUACAAGAAUUGAAGGUGGGGGGAAAUCGUGACGUCGACCAAGCAAGGCAAGGUGAGAAAACCCUAAUUUUGACAAUAAUGGUGGCCGUGUAGAAUUGGGAUGAGGAUAUCAGCAAUAGCAGCUGAUUAUCUGAAUCUCGUGGAGGAAUCGUACUCAACACCUUCAUGGGCGACUCUGAUCGCCGGUGCUUUUGUCGCGCUCACUCUCACUCUCUCCAUCUACCUCAUUUUCGACCACCUUUCCGCCUACAAGAACCCCGAGGAACAAAAGUUUUUGAUUGGGGUUAUCUUGAUGGUUCCAUGCUAUGCAGUCGAAUCAUUUGUAUCAUUGGUUAAUCCAGAUAUUAGUGUUGACAUUGGGAUUCUACGUGAUUGCUAUGAGUCGUUUGCCAUGUACUGCUUCGGAAGAUAUCUUGUUGCAUGUUUAGGUGGUGAAGAGUGGACUAUCGAGUUUAUGGAGAGAGAAGGACGCACAAAAGCCCCAUUAUUGGAACAUGGUGUAGAAAAAGGAACUAUAAAGCAUCCUUUCCCCAUGAAUUACUUCAUAAAGCCAUGGAAGCUGGGCCAGUGGGUUUACCAAGUUAUCAAACUUGGUAUUAUUCAGUAUAUGAUAAUAAAAACUUUGACUGCUAUUUUAGCAGUAGUUCUCCAGGCCUUUGGUGUCUAUUGUGAUGGCGACUUCAAAUGGGGAUGCGGGUAUCCUUAUAUGGCUGUGGUUCUAAAUUUCAGUCAGUCAUGGGCUUUGUAUUGUUUAGUUCAAUUUUACACCAUUACGAAGGAUGAAUUGGCGCACAUCCAACCACUGGCCAAGUUUCUGACAUUUAAAUCCAUUGUAUUUUUAACUUGGUGGCAAGGUGUGGCUAUUGCCCUUCUCUAUGCCCUUGGAUUAUUUAAAAGUCCGAUAGCUCAAUCUUUGCAGAUUCAAUCAAGUGUUCAAGACUUCAUCAUUUGUAUAGAGAUGGGCAUCGCUUCCGUGGCUCACCUGUAUGUGUAUCCGGCAAAGCCAUACGAGCUAAUGGGGGACCGCUUUCCUGGGAGUAUUGCUGUUCUUGGAGACUAUGCAUCUGCAGAUUGCCCUCUAGAUCCUGAUGAGGUCAGGGACAGCGAGCGGCCCACAAAACUACGACUUCCCCGACCUGACAUUGAUGUUAGGAGUGGAAUGACCAUCAGAGAAAGUGUUCGAGAUGUUUUUGUUGGCGGUGGUGAAUAUAUUGUAAAUGAUCUCAAGUUUACCGUAAAUCAAGCUGUAGAACCUGUGGAGAAGGGAAUUUCUAGGUUUAAUCAGAAAAUGCAUAAGAUCUCAGAAAACAUCAAGAGGCACGAUAAGGAGAGGAGGAGAACAAAGGAUGAUAGUUGCAUCGUGGCAUCAUCCCCAACGAGGAGGGUAAUUCGUGGUAUAGAUGACCCCCUCUUAAAUGGAAGUUUUAGUGAUAGUGCAGUCGCAAGAGGAAAAAAGCACCGGAGGAAAUCAGGGUACACCAGUGCAGAAAGCGGUGGAGAGAGUAGUAGUGACCAGAGCUAUGGUGGGUAUCAAGUUCGUGGCCGGAGAUGGGUUACUAAAGAAUAAAUAAAUAAUCAAGGGCAAAAGAAAAAAUAGAGUCGCACCUAACUGAGAAGAGGAUGGGGAAGAGUGCUUCCGUAUCACAUUGGUCAAUUAUCCAUUUAGUGAUUUUUCUUGGUGAGAUGGCUGCAAAGGGUUGAGAUAUUGUUCUUUGCAAAUGAGAUUGAAGAAGGUUCCGGAAUUUGGAGGUUCUAUUUUGAUCUUUUUCUUGUGUCAACCGUUGAGACAUAAAGCUUAGUUUGGUUUGGUUUUGUUUCAUAUCUAUCUUGUAUAAUUGGUGGUGGCUUGUACAAAUUGGUGAUAGAUUCAUGAUUCAUGGAAUCUGCCUCAGGUAUACAUCGUGGGCUUGAGAAAAAUGUGUUGUACACCCUUGAAAGGCUUGCAUUGUUAUGAGCUCACUUUAUUGGGUAAUUUAUUGGGUAAUGGUGUCUAUUUUGAGCUAGAGAGUAUUUCAGUAAUUGUGUAGUCAGCAGUUACUAUUCUCCUGCUCAUAUGACAUCUUGUAACAAGGGGCCUAAGUUCGAGUGAAAUCUUGUUAACAGUAUUUGAAAUUGUUA